ACCGGCGGCAGGGCGCCGGUUGCUAAGGGAGUUCCGGUUGCUCAAGCCUCGGUGGCUCUGUGACGCCCGCGCCCAGGACCCUCGGCGCGCACGGACGGACGGACGGAAGGGCGGCGGGGGACCCGGGCGGACAUGGACUCUGUGACCUUUGAAGAUGUGGCUGUGAACUUCAGCCUGGAGGAAUGGGCUUUGCUAGAUUCUUCCCAGAAGAAGCUGCACAGAGAUGUGAUGGAGGAAACCCUCAGGAACCUGACUGCUGUAGAAAACUCACAGGAAAACCAGAACAUUGAAGAUGACUAUGAGUAUCCCAGGAAACAUCUAAGAAAUGACAUUAUGGAGAAGCUGUGGGAACAAAAAGAAAGUGGUCCCUGCACAGAAAUCUUUAGCCAGAUUCCAGAUACUAUUGUGAACAAGGAAAUUUCUUGUGGAGUAAUGCUUUGUGAAAACCGCGUUUGUGAAGACAUGCUCAUUGGUCAUUCAUCCCUUAAUGUGCCUGUUCAGACUGGACAACAAGCUUAUGACUAUGAGAUACAUGAAGAAAGUCUCUAUAAAGUUAGGGAGUGUGGAAAAUCCAUUACUUACUCUGAUUCUGUUCAGAACCAUGAAGACAAUGACACUGGACAGACUUCCUGUGAAUUUAACCAGUGUGAGAAUUUCUUCCAGAGUCACAAAUACAUGCAAAUAUCUGGUAACAGUGACACUAGAGAAGAAAUGUAUGUGGAAAAACAGAAUUAUAAUACCUUUACCUAUCCUGGUUUGCUUCAGUAUGUUGAAAAGACUCAAAGUGGAGACAAACCCUAUGUGUGUAAGCAGUGCGGGAAAGCCUUUUCUUGCUUGAGUCACAUUCAAAGACAUGAACGAACUCACACUGGAGAGAAACCAUACACAUGUAAUAUAUGUGGUAAAGCCUUCAGUACUUUGACUAACGUGCAAAAGCAUAAAAGAAUUCACACUGGAGAGAAACCCUAUGUAUGUAAACAUUGUGGGAAAGCCUUUUCUUGGAGUAACCUUCGAAGACAUGAACAAACUCACACUGGGGAGAAGCCAUAUAAAUGUAAUUUAUGUGGUAAAGCCUUCAGUUGUAAGAGUAAGAUUCAAGACCAUGAAAGAACACACACAGGAGAAAAACCAUAUGAAUGUACACAAUGUGGAAAAACCUUCACUUCUUACCAUUCCUUUAAGGCACAUAAGCGAUGUCACACUGGAGAGAAGCCCUAUGUAUGUAAGCAGUGUGGAAAAGCCUUCAAUUAUUACAAUUCCAUUCAAACGCAUAAACGAUGUCACACGGGGGAAAAACCCUAUGUAUGUAAGCUGUGUGGUAAAGCCUUUAUUGCUCUGAGUUCUCUUCGCUAUCAUGAGAGGAUUCACAGUGGUGAGAAACCCCACAUUUGUUUGCAAUGUGGGAAACGUUUUAAUUCUUCCAGUAUCCUUCGAACACAUGAGCGAACUCACACUGGAGAGAAACCUUAUGUAUGUAAACAAUGUGGAAAAGGUUUCAGUUGUUCCAGUAACCUGCGACUUCAUGAGUGGACUCACUCUGGGGAGAAGCUGUGUGUGUGUAAGCUGUGCGGUAAAUCCUUCACUGAUCCUCCUUCCCUUCGACGCCAUGAAAGGAUUCACAGUGGAGAGAAACCUUAUGUGUGUAAGCAUUGUGAGAAAGCAUUUUCUUCUUGGAGUAGCUGUCGAAGACAUGAGCAAAUUCACACUGGUGAGAAACCCUAUGUGUGUUUGCAAUGUGGCAAACGUUUCAAUUCUUCCAGUAUGCUAAGAACACAUGAACGAACUCACACUGGAGAGAAACCCUAUAUAUGUAAACAGUGUGGGAAAGGUUUCAGUUCUUCCAGUAACUUGCGACAGCAUGAGUGGACUCACUCUGGGGAAAAGCUGUGUGUGUGUAAGCUGUGUGGUAAAUCCUUCACUGAUCCUCGUUACCUUCGACGCCAUGAAAGGAUUCACAGUGGAGAAAAACCUUAUGUAUGUAAGCUUUGUGAGAAACCCUUUUCUUCUUUGAGUAGUUGUCAAAGACAUGAACAAAUUCACACUGGUGAGAAACCUUACAUAUGUAAGCAUUGUGGGAAAUCCUUCAAUAAUUCCAUUGCUCUUGGAAAGCAUGAAAGGAUCCACAGUGGUGAAAAACCCCAUGUAUGUGAGCAGUGUGGGAAAGGUUUUAUUUAUUUCAGUAAAUUUCAAAUACAUGAACGGACUCACACUGGAGAAAAACCGUAUGUAUGUAAGCAUUGUGAGAAAGGCUUUUCUUCUUUGAGUAGUUGUCAAAGACAUGAACAAAUUCACACAGGUGAGAAACCCUACAUAUGUAAGCUUUGUGGGAAAGCCUUCACUAAUCCCAUUGCCCUUCGAAAGCAUGAGAGGAUCCAUAGUGGUGAAAAACCCCACGUAUGCGAACAGUGUGGGAAAGGUUUUAUUUAUUUCUGUAAGUUUCAGAUACAUGAACGGACUCACACUGGAGAGAAGCCAUAUCAGUGUAAGCUAUGUGGUAAAGCCUUCACUGGUCAAAGUUACCUUCAGCGCCAUGAAAAGAUCCACAGUGGCGAGAAACCUUUUGUAUGUAAGCAGUGUGGGAAGCCUUUUUAUACUUUAAGUGAUUGUCAAAGACAUGAACAAAUCCAUACAGGUCAGAAACCUUACAUAUGCCAGCAGUGUGGGAAAGCCUUUACUCGUUCCAGUUCCCUUAAGCUUCAUGAAAAGAUUCACAAUAGAGAGAACUCCUCAGAAUUGAAUAUGGAAAGCCUUUCUUAUCUCAAGCAUGAAAAUGUAUAGGAAAUGUAUAGGAGAAUUGUGAUGUGAUACCUGGAAUGAAUAUGGAAAUGCCUUCCAUUGGCCCUCCUGUAAAAAUAUGCCUGGCAUUAAAACUUUUAUACAAGAACUAUAGCAAAUGUCACCUGUGAAAGUGUUUCAAAGUUAUGUGAAAAUUUCUCAUGUAACAAUUCAUAAAUGUUUUUAAAAGUUUGAUAUGAAGUAAUUUACAUAGAGUGUUUCAGAAAUUACCUGGGGUAAAUGGUUUAUAAAUUGGGCCUUUGUGGUUGUUAGUCACUCAUUUUGAAAUCUCUAGAGUUAAUUAUUUCUAAUUUUCACUCCUGAGAAUUUUCAGGCUACAUAAUCUCUAAAGUCCUUAAGCAGUAGGGUCUGAAUUUCAUAGUUGGUGUCACUUAUCUCUAUCAUAUUCUGUACUUAUUGUUGCUUGAAAACACAUAAAACAUCUUAGGGGAGCAAUUUACUUGUUUUGGCUCUGGCAGGGAGGUUAUGGAAGUGUAGGCAUUUCUCACCAUUGUGUACAUAAAACAGGAGUGUGCAGUAUAAGAGCCUGAGGACUUACUUCCCCAGUGACUCUUCCUCCUAUUUGGCCAUUUUACAUUUCACAGCAACAUCAUCAUUUUAUGAACAUUGCCAGGAGUUAAUCCUUUCACUAGCUCAGUCCCCUCUUAAUCUAAUUAUCUCUAGAAUUUUACUUUAUGACUCACCUUGACAUCUUUCAUUCCAGUCAAGUUGGUUGUUUUUAUUGUUAUAUAGAUUUUUUAUCUUUUUUUGUAUGUUUUGAAGAUUUUUCUACAAUAUCUUAGUACUUCUGGACUGUUAAAAAUCAAUUUAGAUUAUCAAAUGUUAGGUUCAUUAUUUACUGAGAACAUAUCUGCUACUAUCCUACUGUGAUAUUAAAACUGAUGUUUGUCAGGGUUUUUUUUUCCCUUUUAUAUCAAAUGAUCAUAGAAUUGCAAGUAAUAGUGCCUUUAUCCUCAUAUUAAUUUUACUCUGGAGUUACUUUGCUGUAACUUUCAUUGUGAACAUAAUUCAUGCUUUUCUCUUACACAGUGUUGUGUCAUGCUAGAUUAAGUGCCUUCUUGACUAAAAGUUCAAGGCUAUUAUGUUUUGUGAAAUUGUAUGUAAUGUAUUAUGAAUCUGUCUGUAAACCCGAUCAUUCUUUUUAUUUA